AUGAAGGUCUCUUCUCUUUUCAUUACAGCAGCUCUUGCUAUUGCAUCAGCAGAUGCAUGCGCUAGUUACAAGCAUUGCUGGUGUGUGAGAGACAACUUCAACUACCAAGGGAAGAUUCAAAACAAUGUCCCCUGGGAUGAGGACACCGUGAAAGCCUGUGAAGCAAACGGUGGUGGAGGAACUUCCGGAUAUUACGGGCAGAACUUCAAAGAAUGCUACCGAUACGUGAAGCGUACAUGGCGUCUGGAUGGUGCCAUCAACAACUGUGACUUCAGCAACGACUGCGCCGCCGCCGGCAAACUUGCUGGUGUUACCAGCCGUGGCCUUUGCCGUAACAAGAUUUCAGGAGUACAUACUUAG